AUGGAUAAUCUAGAUUUAUAUGCAAUUCUUGGUGUAACCAAAGAUUCGCCGGACGCCGAAAUUAAAAAGAAUUACCGUAAAUUAGCUAAAGAAUUCCAUCCUGAUAAGAAUCCUGAUGCUGGUGACAAGUUUAAGGAAAUAUCUUUUGCAUACGAAGUUCUAUCAGAUCCUGAGAAACGAAAAAUAUACGACCGAUACGGAAUUAAAGGUCUACAGGAAGGAGCCGAUGGAUUUGCCGAUGGUAAUGCAUUCUUCUCGCAGUGGUUCCCCUUCACGGCUAUGGGAGGACACGGCCGUGAGGCAAGGGGGAAGGCGGCACAAAUUGUCAUUCGCCUCGAGGUGACUUUGGAAGAGAUGUACAAUGGCAAUGUGGCCAAGACAGUCGAAUACAAGAGAACGUCAUUUUGCUCGCAGUGCAACGGUGAAGGCGGCCCCAAGGAAUGCCAAGAAAUAUGUAGUCAUUGCAAUGGUCGGGGCAGAACAGAGAGUUAUCUUUUCCUGGGCGUUACAGCUGGUGAAACGAUUUGUACAGCUUGCCACGGACAUGGCAAAAUUAUUCCAGAGUCUAUGCGAUGCACUACUUGCGUCGGCAAAGGUCUAGUCGAGGAGAAUGUCAAAAGGGAAAUUGUCAUUGAAAAGGGUGCGCCCAAUAUGUUGAAAAUACCAUUUGUGAGCGAAGGAAAUCAAGGUGUGCAAGGAUCCCGGGGCGAUUUGGUCGUAGUCCUCAUUCAAGCUGAGCAUCCAGUAUUCGAAAGACGCCAAAAUGAUUUACUUAUGCGUAACGUCAGCAUUAAUAUAACACAGGCCCUAUGUGGUUUCGUCCACUGCUUUAAGCACUUGGAUGGUCGUAACAUUUGUAUUUCCACGAAACCGGGUGAGGUUAUACGUCACGGUGAACUGAAAGUCGUACCCACCGAGGGUAUGCCUUUGCGUAAUAAUCCCUUCGACCGUGGCGACCUUUUGGUACAAUUUUCCAUACAAUUUCCCGAAAACGGCUUUGCAACGCCUGAACAGUUAGCUACACUUGAGACAUUGUUGCCACCAAGAGAGCCUUUUACAAUGCCACCGGAAGCCGAAGAAGUGCAAUUAGUUGAAUUCCUGCCCAGAGAGGAUUAUGAGGGGCGGGGCGCUUAUGGUGGUAUGGACGAUGAUGAUGAAUACGAGGGUGGUCCUCACUUUGAAAGGGUCCAAUGUCAAACAGGCUAAAAAAAAAAAAAAUUGGCAAUUGCAACGCAUAU